AUGGGCGAAAAAUUCGAAGCUGAGAAUCUCGCCAACAACAACGUCGACAACUCCUCCGACUACUCGGGUUCCAGACGCCUGGAGUCGUCGUAUUCGUCAUAUGAAACUUAUGAGGAGGAAAAGAAUCCUGUCAAGCGUUUCAUCAACAGCUUCAAGCCCAUCAACUUGGAGGAUGACGGAAUUGACACCUCCAACAUGACCGACAUGGAAAAGUCUGUGUAUGCUACCGCCAGACACCCCUUGGCUAGAAGAUUGAAGAGCAGACACUUGCAGAUGAUUGCCAUUGGUGGUUCCAUCGGUACUGGUCUUUUCGUGGGAAGUGGUUACGCCUUGUCGCAGGGUGGUCCCGCUGGUGUGCUUAUCUCCUACCUUUUGGUGGGUUACUCCUUGUACUGUGUGGUGAUGGCCUUGGGUGAGAUGUCUGUUCAAUUCCCAGUGUCUGGUUCUUUCAACGCCUUCUUUUCUCGUUUCGUCGACCCAUCAUGGGGUUUCACCUUGGGUUUGUUGUACUCUUUGUCUUGGUUGAUUUCGUUCCCCUCCGAAUUGGUGGCAUGUUCCCUCACUGUUGAGUAUUGGAUUGACACAGUCAACCCUGCGGUUUGGGUGGCUGUUUUCUACAUCAUUAUUGUCUCCAUCAAUAUGUUCGGUGUCAAGGGUUACGGUGAGGUGGAGUUUGUCCUUUCCAUCAUCAAAGUCGUCGCCGUUAUCGGUUUCAUUAUUCUCUCCAUUUGUAUCAUUGGAGGUGUAGGUAAGCAAGGUUACGUGGGUGGCCGCUACUGGCACAACCCCGGUGCGUUCAACCACGGAUUCAAGGGUGUGUGCUCGUGCUUUAUUUCUGCCGCUUUCUCCUUCGGAGGUGUGGAACUUGUGGCUUUGGCUGCUUCCGAAACCGCUAACCCAAGAAAGUCUUUACCAAGAGCUACCAAGCAGGUUUUCUGGAGAAUCACCAUCUUCUACGUGCUUACUGCUAUUGUGAUCGGUUGCUUGGUGCCUUACACUGACGACAGAUUGCUUAAUGGUACUUCUUCUGAGGAUAUCACCUCGUCUCCUUUCGUUAUUGCUAUUAACAAUGGUGGUAUCAAGGUCCUUCCUGAUAUCAUGAAUGCCGUUAUCUUGGUGGCAGUUGUCUCCGUCGGUAACUCCUCCGUUUACGGUUGCUCGCGUUCUUUGGCUUCUUUGGCUGUCCAAGGCUUGCUCCCAAGAUGGAUCGGUUACAUUGACAGAGCUGGUAGACCUUUGGCUGCCAUUAUGGUCACCAACGCCUUCGGUUUGUUGGGAUUCUUGGCUACUGACAGAGACAACCAGUCAGUUGUGUUCACCUGGUUCUUCUCCAUCUGUUCCUUGGCUGCUUUCUUCACCUGGAUUGCUAUUUGCUUCACUCACGUUAGAUUUAGAAGAGCUUUGUCUGCUCAGGGUAGAUCGAACGACGAGAUUAUCUUUGAGUCUCCUUUGGGUAUCUAUGGAUCCAUUUCGGGUAUGGUGAUUUUAGUUUUGAUUGUCAUUGGAUUGAUUUGGGUGUCCAUCUGGCCAAUUUGGGCUGAAGGUGCUGCCUCCAACGUGAACUUUUGGCAGAACUGUCUUUCUUUACCUCUUAUAGUGAUUUUGUGGCUCGGCUACAAGAUCUACACCAAGACCUUGGGAACCUGGAUGGUCAAGUUGGCAGAUAUCGACCUUGACACCGGUAGAAGAGAGAUGGACCUUGAGACCUUGAAACAGGAGAUCGCCGAAGAGAAAGCUAACAUCGCUUCUCGUCCAAUUUGGUACCGUGUAUACAGAUUCUGGUGUUGA